CUUUCUCUUCCUAGACUAGAAAGGAAAAGACGUGACGCCAGCAGUAGCUCCAGCCUCUCCGGCUGCUUUCUGCCUUGCGGACACUGAGCUGAGAACUAAUUUGUUUGCUGUAAUUUGCUCGUUAGUUUCUACAAUACAGGGAUUGUUGCCUUCAGGCUGAAAGUGAGCUGAUAAGAAUACUGCAGUUAAUCCUAACACUGCCUGGAUCCACCCUGUAGUUGCUAUUUUUAAAAAAAAAAGUACUUUAUAUUUUCCGUCUAUUAACAGCAGGUUGCUUUUAGUUUGACUGCACCUAUUCCUGCUGGAAUAGAAGUGUAUUGUUUUCUAAUAGUUGUGUUUUUCCUGCACAGAGGAUGUUAUCUGUGUGUUUUUUCCUGUAGUUUGUAAAAGCACGUUGUGUCUGAGGUUCAGACGUUUUCCUCCCCUGCACACUGAGGAAGACGCUGGUUUGGUGGAUUUAUUUUCCCUCUCUGGAUGUGACACUUCUGAGCCAUGCUGCUUCUUCCUCUGCUGCUGCUGCUCUGCCUGCAAACUUCACUGCAACAACAGACUCCUCCUCCCGGUCGGUGUGAUAUCUUACAGAGGAUAGACAUCCACGCCACCUGCACUUCCUGGGCUGCCUGCCCCAGCAGCAGAUGCCCCCGUGGCUUCAGCAGCGUACGCACGGCUAACUGCACUUAUGUGGUGCAGAUUGGCGGCAGGGAGGUAGAACUGGAUGGAUGUCAGCACGUCUGUGUGAAGAGUUUCAUGCAGCCAGUAUGUUGCCCACAGCACUGGGGACCUCUGUGCCUCCCCUGUCCCAGCUGGUCAGGGAAGACCUGUAACUUCCAUGGAACCUGUGUGGAAGGAGACGUCGGCAACGGGACCUGCGUCUGUGAUGAAGGUUUCUCUGGUUUUGCCUGUCAGGAAUGUAAAAAUGAAAACUUUUUUGGGGAUAAGUGUGAUAAAGCGUGUGACUGUGUGCAUGGAGUGUGUAAUAAAGGUCCCGAGGGUGAUGGACAGUGUUUGUGUCAGCCUCCGUACACCGGGACGCGCUGUGACCAACUGAGUACCAGGUGCAGUAACUGCAUCCCCUACUCCUACUGUAAAGGAGAGGGAGACGCUGCAGAGUGUGAAUGUUUGCCCGGAUACCAGAAGACGUCACGGGGAAAUUGCGGAAGUAUUUGCUCGGGGAGGGGCUGUGACGUCAACGCCCAAUGCUCCACACAGGGGUCAAAGAUCAGCUGCGUCUGUAAGCCCGACUACGAGGGUGACGGCAGGAUCUGCGUACCCAAAAACCCUUGCUCCGUGAACAAUGGAGGGUGCCCCAUCAACUCUACCAUCUGUGUCUUCAAAGGACCCAACAAGUCCAGCUGCGAGUGUAUGUCCGGUAUGUCCCCCAUUGGUGGCAAGGCUGAGUUUGGUUGUGAGCUGGUCUCUGCCUGCUUAGCGGACUCCUGCGACGCCACAGCUGUUUGUCAAACUGGACUGGAUGGACAACCCAGGUGUUUGUGUUUAGAGGGUCAGAUUGGUGAUGGCUGGCGUUGCUAUGGUAACCUGAUGGAGCGACUGAUAGAGCUGGACAGGAGUAGCAGCCAGAGAGAGAAUCUGACCGGAGCCAUCGCACUGUUCGAGAAAGGCUGCUUAAUGCUGAUGAGUCACAACGGACCAUUCACAGCUUUCAUCCCUCUGCUGAAAACACCUCUGACUGGUGUUAAUGAGGAGCUGGUGUGUAAAAACCACCUGAUCCUAGGUCAACACCUCUACAAGGACCUGGAGGGACGAGACUUUAACCUGUACGGAGGAGCCAGGUUUAGGAGCAAAGACAACAAGAAGUUCAUCCUGAUGGAAGACCCCAGCAGACUGUACAACGUCAUCCAGCAAGACCUGCCAGCAGCCAAUGGGAUCAUCCACCUCAUCGACCGACCAAUCACAAUCACGCUUUCAGAAAGCCCUCCGCGUGAUGAACAGUUUGCUGAUAAGACGAUCGGAGAGAUUCUGACUAAGGAUAGAAAAUACAACCGCUUCCUGUCUUUGGUUGAUAACUGCGGGUCGCCUCCUCCCCUGCGAGGUCCGGGACCCCUGACUGUGUUCGUCCCCACCAACCAGGCUGUGGACAAAGCCAGAGAUGGCAGCAUCUUGUACAUGCUGAACGACGCCAAACAUAAACUUCAGGAACUUCUCAGACACCAUGUUUUCUCCCAGGCUGUGCUGACAUUCGACGAGUUGGCUACUCUCCCUCAGAUUCAGACGAUGGCCAAUCAGGUUGUCACCAUCACAGUGUCUAUCGAUGGUGAGAUCCUGUUGGGCGAGAAGGGCAUCCAUCUGGUGACCACAAACAUUGUGGCGUCAAACGGGAUCAUCCAUAUGAUUGACGGGCUUCUGUUCCCGCCCUCCAUCCUUCCCAUCCUGCCUCACCGUUGUGACAUUGUCGAGAGCAAGAUCACCUUGGGUCCAUGUGUUCACUGCAGUUACCUCUAUGAGACUGAAUGUCCAACUGGCAGCAUUGAAAUGGCCCGUCAUCAGAUCGGCUGUGAAUACGUAACGUCUCCUCUCAGGCCAACGCUCAGUACAGGAUGUGCCAAAUUCUGCAACGUCACCAGACAGGUAGCAGAGUGUUGUAAAGGUUUCUACGGUCCGGACUGUAAACCCUGUAUUGGAGGAUUCCAACAUCCCUGCUACGACAAAGGAACGUGCUUUGACGGUAUCCAUGGCAACGGCUCAUGCAGCUGUCAGUCAGGCUUCAAGGGUGUCGCCUGCCACAUCUGCUCUGAUCCAUCCAAGCAUGGAGACAAGUGUGACGAGGAGUGUCGCUGUGUCCACGGUUUGUGUGAUAACCGUCCAGGCACCAGAGGAGUGUGUCGAAGAGGAUCCUGUAUGGAGGGAUACUCCGGAGAAAACUGUGACAACACGGCUACGCCCUGUAACUCUGACGGACUGCAGGAACACUGUCACAUCAACGCAUACUGUACACACACAGGACUGAAUACAAUGUGUGUGUGUAGGGAUGGAUAUGAAGGAGACGGUCACUCCUGUUCUCCCAUCAACCCCUGCCUAAAGAGCAACCGAGGAGGCUGCGACACAAACGCAGAGUGUGUGUAUGUGGGUCCAGGUAACGCGUCGUGUGUAUGUCAUGAGGGUUGGACAGGUGACGGCAAAGCGUGUGUGGAGAUCAAUAACUGUCAGCUGAAGAGUCGAGGAGGCUGCAGUCCCAACGCCGACUGUAACCACAUCGGACCUGGACAGAGUGAGUGUGUAUGUAAAACAGGUUACAUGGGGAGUGGUACCGUGUGUGACCUCAUUAACCCCUGCCGCAAGAACAACGGAGGCUGCCACGAACUGGCAAAGUGUGAGCUGAAGGAGAGUGGAACUCACACCUGUACCUGUCCCGACGGCUACGCUGGAGACGGAACCAUCUGUUACGGGUCGUUACUGGAGGAGCUGGACAUGAACCGAAAGCUGUACAAUUUCUACCGACUGACUCAGAAAUACAGUCACUCCUCUCAGGACCUGAGUGGGAACCUCACAGUGUUGGUUCCAUCCAGGGAAGCUAUGAGGAACAUUAGUUCAGCCGAGGACGCGUUCUGGACCAGCCGACACAACCUGCCUUACUUCCUGCGGGCCCACUACCUGCAGGGAAUCUACUCUAUAGAAGAUCUGGACAAACUGGUGGGUAGCAAGCUGCCCACCAUGAACGCCCCCACCUUCUGGGAGAUCAGCAACCACAGCGGGGUGAUCCGCAUUGGAAACGCCUCCAUCCUCACCCACAACCAGCCUGCACUCAAUGGCUACAUCCACGUCAUAGACAAAAUUCUGGCCCCACCCCGCUCAGACCUUCCCCCCGAGCCCCCCACCCUGAUGGCCUUCCUGAACUCCUCUUCCGACUUCAGUCUGUUUAGACAGUAUGCUCUGAUGUACAAUCUGACAGGGGAUCUGAGUGGCAUUGAUUUCACCCUCCUGCUGCCAACAGAUGAUGCCAUCAGGCAGCACCUCAGCAGGACUAACUCCUCCCUCCUGGACUCUGAUGUGUUCAAGUACCAUGUGAUUCUCAAUGAGUUGCUCUUCCCUGACCACUUGGCUGACGGCACAUUGAAAAGCACACUGCUGGGCAGCGAGUACCAGGUCAUGUUCCACUUAAACAACAACAACCAGACAGCUGUGAACGAAGUUCUUCUUAACGGAAGUUUCAUUGAGACCCAGUACGGUAUCGUCAUAUUCCUCCCUGAGGUCCUCAAAGUCCACCGCAACAGAUGCAGCAAACUGGUCACACUGCAAGUCAACGGAAUGUGUGCAGACUGUCAAGGAACACCUCGAUGCUUAUUCAGCUACAAACCAAUCAAAACACAGUUUCCAACCAACAUGCGACCGAACUGUAAAUACAGGAAGCGAGUUGGGUCCAGGAGGAAGUCAGUGCCAGGCUGUGUCAUCAAAUGUCUUAAGAUAACUCAGGAUCACUCGUGUUGCCCCGGUUACUAUGGCCACGAGUGCUACAAAUGCCCCGGAGACGUUGGCAGCUGGUGCUCCAAUCACGGGGAGUGUCAGGACGGUAACCUUGGCAACGGGGAGUGCCGCUGCUACGAGGGUUUCCAUGGCACCAUGUGCGAGGACUGUGAGCCAGGACGAUACGGAGUUAACUGCUCCUCCAAGUGUGUGUGUGACCACGGGAAGUGUGAGGAUGGUCUGGCAGGAAGUGGCAGGUGUGUCUGUUAUAAAGGUUGGAAAGGAUCUUCCUGCUCUCUAGAGAUCAAAGACGACGCCUGUGGAGGUGUGUGUGACGAGAACGCCAACUGUAUAACAGGACCAAAGGGUUCAGCUGCUGCCUGUGUGUGUGCGGCUGGAUACGAAGGCAAUGGAACUUACUGCAAAGAGCUGGAUUUGUGCAGCAGGUUUAAUGGUGGAUGUUCAGAGAAAGCCAUCUGCACGAAGGUCUCGGCAGGAGUGAGGACCUGUACCUGUAAAGAGGGGUACACUGGAGAUGGGGUCGUCUGCCUAGAGAUUGAUGGUUGUCUGGUCAACAAUGGAGGCUGCCACAAGUCAGCAGAUUGCAUCAGAACAGGCGCCAACACUACGGCCUGCAGGUGUCGACUGGGCUUUCAAGGAUCAGGGCGGUUCUGUUACCCUGCCAACCCCUGCAGACAAAACAAUGGCGGCUGCAGCAGCAAUGCUCGUUGUGAAUAUUUGGGCUUUGGUCAAAUGAACUGCACCUGCCACAGAGGCUAUGUGGGCAAUGGCAUGGAGUGCCGGGGAAGCUCCAACUAUGAGGUGCACCGAAAUCCAGAUAACGCCUUCUACCGUCGAAUGUUAAUGAUGGCAGACAAUCGUGCUCUUUACGGUGACGGACCGCUCACUGUCUUCGUCCCUCUGGAAAACACCAAUAACUAUUCCUCUUUAGAGGAAUGGAGCCAGUUUGGUCGUCUUAGUGACCUGGCUCGUUACCAUGUUGUUUCCUGUGAGACUUUGACCCUGAGUGACCUCAAAACCACCAAGCUUGCUGUCUCAACAUCGGGAUACUCACUGCACUUCAGCCUACAGGAGGGUUCAGUCUGGAUCAAUAACAGAUCAAGAAUUGUGAAGAGUGAUUACACCACAUCUAACGGCGUCAUUCACCACAUCGACAAGAUGUUGAUACCCUACAAUCUGCAGGACAAACAAAGCAUCCAGCCGACCAGGAUGAAUUUAAGCUCUGCAGCUGUGCUUUAUGGCUACACCCGCUUCUACAAACUCAUUGAGGAUUCAGGGGUACUCCCAAUGCUCAAGAUGUCCAUCCACCAGCCGUUCACCAUGUUCUGGCCCACAGACGAGGCCCUCAACUCCCUGCCUGCUGAAAGACAGCGGUGGCUCUCCAGCCCAGACCACCAAGACCUACUGGCUGCCAUUGUGAAGGCUCAUAUCAUACGCAACUCCAAGGUCACGAGUGUCAGUCAGCCGGAUAAAUACUCGUUCUUCCGCACCAUGCACGGAUCCACCAUCAAGUACAGCUGUGACAAGUCCAUGGUGGGGGCUGUUUUAAUUAAUGAUAAUGCAGCCAGGUUAGUGGAGCGCUACAUGGCCUUCAAAGAGGGCAUGGCCUAUGGCAUCGACCAGUUACUGGAGCCACCUGGCCUGGGAGCGCACUGCGACGACAUGGAGAACAGAACUUCUAACGGGCCCUGUGGACACUGCCUCAGGCCUCCUUCCUGCCCCUAUAGACACAUUGACACAGGAAAGGUGGACAUCUGUUUGAACUUUGGCCCUAGGUUUCGGGGCGGAUACCCAUAUUGGUUGGGUGACCUAGACCAUCCUUUUACUCGGACUAACUGUCGGAGAGUUUGUGUGUUUACCUCCUGGGUUCAAAAGUGCUGCAAGAACCACUACGGCCGAGACUGUCAAGUCUGUCCAGGUGGCGUGGAGGCCCCUUGCAACAACCAUGGUAAGUGUGACGAUGGCUUGCGUCGUUCAGGAAGAUGCAGUUGCAACAAAGGCUUCACUGGAAAAGCCUGCGAACUGUGUGUCACCGGCUACUACGGCUCCAACUGCACAGCCUGCAGCUGUGGGAACCAGGGACGGUGUGAUGAGGGCAUUGAAGGUUCUGGACAGUGUGUCUGUAACCCCGGCUGGAAAGGUGAUCAAUGUGAGAUCGAAAUAGGCUCAAUCCCAGAGGAGUGCCGGCAGUGCCACGCUCAGGCCGACUGUGUGCCCGGUGUUGGUUGUCAGUGUAAAUCUGGGUUUCAGGGGAACGGCACCUUCUGCUUUCCAGAACCACCUCCAGACCUCUGCUCAGAAUAUAACGGUGGCUGUCACCAGAACGCAGACUGUAACCAGACGGGACUCCUCGUCAACUGCACCUGUCGCAGUGGUUACCAAGGUGACGGCUACUCCUGCGAGCCCAUCAACAGGUGUGUUGAAGAGGAGAAUGGAGGCUGCAGCGACUUUGCCACCUGCAAGUUCACUGGUCCAAACGAGCGAGAAUGCGAGUGCCUGCCGGGGUACUUGGGUAAUGGAGUCCAGUGUCUGGAGAAGGUGGUGCCCCCUGUUGACCGCUGCCUGGAAAACAACGGAGGCUGUGACCCCGUGGCCACCUGCAAGGACCUGCAUUACCAUGCCAACACAGCUGGAGUGUUCCACCUGCGCUCUCCGGAGGGGAAGUACAAGAUGAACUUCAGCCAGGCCAACGCUGCCUGCCAGGCCGAGGGCGCCACGCUGGCCAGCUUUAAACAGCUGGGAGAUGCACAGCAGCUGGGGAUGCAUCUGUGCGUGGCUGGCUGGAUGGAGGAGGGGAAGGUGGGAUACCCAACCCGCUUCCCCUCAGUCAGGUGCGGAGACAACCACGUGGGCCUUGUUAUCUACAAAGAACCUGUGGACCAAAGCAGCAAGUACGACGCCUACUGCUACAGGUUCAAAGAUGUUUCCUGUGUGUGUUCUGCUGGUUAUAUUGGAAAUGGAGACUUCUGUAACGGCGUCCUGACCAGCGUCCUCGCGACUUACAGUAACUUCUCCAUCUUUUACAAGAUCUCCCAUCAUGCUUCCAGAGGCCACGCCCACUCGAGUGGCACAGUGUCGGCCAUCUUGGUUUCAGUGAUACUGGUGUGUGUCUUGGCUGCACUCGGCUACUACGUCUUCAGAAACAAGACCGACGCCUUCCGCUUCCACUACUUCAGAAAUGAGGAUGAGGACGGUGCGGCGGGAGGCAGCAACAAGCCCACGCUGGUCUCCAUCCCCAACCCGCUGUACAACGGCUCCAGGGCCUUCAACGAGCCGUUUGGGGACGCCAGUCAGGAGUUGGAGCCAGCAGAACCUGAACAACCUCCAAACAUUCUUGACCUGGACCAAUAGAACCACUCGGACCAGUAAAAGUGUCUGUUUACAUACCACAAUAACCGGCUUCCUGUAUCCAAAUAAGAAAUAAAAGUUGUCUGUUUACUGAACCCAGAUGCUCUCUGGGAGGAAA